AUGAUAAAGAACCUGCCUGCAUUGCAGGAGACCCAGGUUCAAUCUCUGGGUCAGGAAGAUCCCUUGGAGAAGGGAAUGGCAACCUACUCCAGUAUUCUUGCCUGGAGAAUUCCAUGGACAGAGGAGCCAGUUUCUCCUUGGGAUGAGAAGGCGUGCUCUGCGACCAUAUCAAGCGUCAUCUUCAAUACUUACUUCAUAAUAGUUAUUUUCAUCUCAGGAGUGGGCUGCUGCUCUUCGAUACUGGCCACUCCUGAGACCCACGCUGAAGAGGAGGCCAUUCUGACUCUGCACUCACUCAGCAUGUGGACUAUGAAUGAAAGAUUAGACAGGAGAUAG